AUGCGCGUGGUCCUCCGUUCCAUCAAAUCUCCACUCCCGUUCUUCAACACAUCCAGAAGACCUCCCCUUCGAUGUCUCCAUGGAACCUCUCUCCUCCGCGCCAAAGAACCAGUGAUCUAUAAGAAUAGUCUGGAGAAGACCCUCGAGGCCCAUCGUGUCUCGAACAGAGCGAGUCUCAUCCGGAGAGUAGUCAGCAAGGAUCCGGUUUCCGCAACCACCUCUCCCGACACUUUGUCCAGCUCUGAGAAGCAUGUCUCCGAAACGGACCCAUCAACAGAUGCCCCUCCGAGUCGAGAGGCCCAACCGCUGAGGCGUCCAAAAACGAAACGUCAUUCGUCGCAGCGCACAACCCGUCCAUCUCCGUCCGCGAGUGCGCCAUCCCGGCUCGUGGUAUGGAGCACCGACCGCACCCGCGGCCGUUCGGCGCAGUCCCCAUGGCUAGACGGCAUAUCCGCAUCGUCAGAUAGCCUGUCACAGCUAGACGCGGAGAUCCGUGCCCUGGCGAAAUACCUAACUCCAACAAUUGCCGAACAAAAUGCGAUCAGCCAAGUCACCGCCGAACUCACCACCCUCCUCCGGCCCGCCGCACCGCACCCUCCGGUCGUCGUCGGUUCGCGACGAACAGGAUUCUCCAUGAGCCACUCCGAUCUGGACCUACUACUCCCGGUAUCAGACGCCGCGCGGUCCUCCGACAGCACCCGCAAACCAAGCGCCUCCCGGCCCCAGAUGCUGGAGCUCUACCGCGAAACCCUGCACAAGGCCCGAGCCGUCCUCCGCCAAUCUCCCUCCUUCCAGGAGCAAGGCCAUCCCACAGGCAAACGCCAUUCAACCCUUACAAUAGUCCACCGUCCAACCGGCGUCCCCGUGCAAUUAUACUGCGGCGAAGGCCUCCCCGCCUCAAUCGAAUACAUCCAGGACUACCACGCCGAGUACCCCACCAUCCACCCGCUCUACAUGACCCUCCGCCUGAUCCUGGAAACGCACGGCCUCUACGGACCACCCAGCGGAAUCACCUCGGACGCGCUCCUCGUCCUCCUAGCCACCUUCCUCAAAAUGAACCACGGCCGGUUCCGCGGUCCCACCCCUCUCGCCGCGCAGCUCCUCGCCGUCCUCCGCGUCUACGGCACAGAGGUCGACCUCGCCACUACCGGCGUCGCCGCCGACCCCCCGUGUUUCUUCAACGUCGACUCCGUCAAAGAGGCGGCCCGCACCUACGACCCUGCCGACCUCCCGGCCUACCUGCGCGGCCAGCGCUCUCUCAUCAACCUGAAGAGAACCGCCGCGCGGAGACGCAAUGCCCCCGCCGCGGCGCGUUUGUGUCUGCAGGAUCCGGCGAAUUACAUGAAUGACCUCGGUCGUGGGUGUACCCGCACGCGGGAGAUCCAGGGUGUCUUUGCGCGGGCGUUUGAGGAACUUGAUGCGGCGCUGCGGGGCUGGGAGGAUACCUCGUCUGGGGCUCCGGAUAGAAGCGUGUUGGCCCAUGCGCUUCGGGCGAAUUUUGAUAGCUUUUCCCGGAUGCGCGCGAGGAUCGCCGCGGCGCAGGACGCUGGUCGCUGA